UGCUCUCAUCCUUCUAGACCUAUCGGCUGCCUUCGAUACUGUGAACCAUCAGAUCCUCCUCUCCACCCUCUCCGAGUUGGGCAUCUCCGGCGCGGCCCACGCUUGGAUUGCGUCCUACCUGACAGGUCGCUCCUACCAGGUGGCGUGGCGAGAAUCUGUCUCCUCACCACGCGCUCUCACCACUGGUGGCGAAUCGCAUCUCUGCAUGUCUGGCAGACAUAUCAGUGUGGAUGACGGAUCACCACCUCAAGCUGAACCUCAGCAAGACGGAGCUCCUCUUCCUCCCGGGGAAGGACUGCCCGUUCCAUGAUCUCGCCAUCACGGUUGACAACUCCAUUGUGUCCUCCUCCCAGAGCGCUAAGAACCUUGGCGUGAUCCUGGACAACACCCUGACGUUCUCAACUAACAUCAAGGCGGUGUCCCGUUCCUGUAGGUUCAUGCUCUACAACAUCCGCAGAGUACGACCCUGCCUCACACAGGAAGCGGCGCAGGUCCUAAUCCAGGCACUUGUCAUCUCCCGUCUUGAUUACUGCAACUCGCUGUUGGCUGGGCUCCCUGCCUGUGCCAUUAAACCCCUACAACUCAUCCAGAACGCCGCAGCCCGUCUGGUGUUCAACCUUCCCAAGUUCUCUCACGUCACCCCGCUCCUCCGCUCUCUCCACUGGCUUCCAGUUGAAGCUCGCAUCCGCUACAAGAACAUGGUGCUCGCCUACGGAGCUGUGAGGGGAACGGCACCUCAGUACCUCCAGGCUCUGAUCAGGCCCUACACCCAAACAAGGGCACUGCGUUCAUCCACCUCUGGCCUGCUCGCCUCCCUACCACUGAGGAAGUACAGUUCCCGCUCAGCCCAGUCAAAACUGUUCGCUACUCUGGCCCCCCAAUGGUGGAACAAACUCCCUCACGACGCCAGGACAGCAGAGUCAAUCACCACCUUCCGGAGACACCUGAAACCCCACCUCUUCAAGGAAUACCUAGGAUAGGGUAAGUAAGGGUAAGUAA